CCGUAGAAGGAGAAGAGGUCCGCCCUGUGCGCGAGCGCUCGACUGAAGGAAUUCGGAUGGCUGAAGUGCGCUGACGACGUUCGAGGUGGAACUCCCGGACGGCUUUUAAACUCGAAAAGCAAUCUUACAACCUGAGCUGAGUGGACUUGAAGGAACUAAUCUAGACACUUGCAUCACCAUGGCGGACAUGUCAUUAGAGGAGAUGACCAUAAGGACCAACCAGGUGACAGAUGAGUCACUGGAUAGCACCAGGAGGAUGCUGCAGAUGGCAGAGGAGACUCAGCAAACAGGGCAAAAAACGGCAAUAAUGUUGGGUGAACAAGGCGAGCAGCUGAAUCGUAUUGAGCAGGGUCUCGAUCAGAUUGGCGAAGACAUGAAGAUUGCAGAGAAGAACCUCACAGACAUGUCCAAGUGCUGUGGUCUCUGCCUGUGUCCUUGCAACAGGGUGAAGACGAGCGAUAAGGGCUACAAGCGUGCUAUGACUGCUGACUCCGAUGCCUCCAAAGGAGGGGUAGUAUCCUCUCAGCCCACUGGAAUACGCAACGGGCAGCCAGGCCAACAGACAGCCUCCGGCCCCUACAUCAAGAGGAUAACAAAUGAUGCUCGGGAGGAUGAGAUGGAAGAGAACCUGGAACAGGUGGGGAGCAUCAUUGGCAACCUGAAGACCAUGGCCUUAGACAUGGGAACGGAGAUAGACAAGCAUAAUAAACAAAUUGAACGCAUCAAUGAAAAGGCGGAGGUCACCAAUGUCCGAAUUCAAGAUGCCGACAAGACGGCCAAACAGCUGCUGAAGUAGGGGAAUGCAUCACAGGACUGUCAGCAGAAGAAAUGUCACCAUUCUUCCUUCCCUAAAUGCAGAUUUGUCCUUUGCUGUCUAUCCUCUAGAACACUUUCCUCAGCUAGCUAGAGAUGGCUGGGAAGCACGAGGGGGUGAUAAUAGUGCUAGGCACCCACAUAUUCCAGCAUGCUGAUGUUCUCAAAUCCUACCUUAAACAGAAGAGAA